AUGCUCGCUUUCCGCAGAGGCCUGACUAGGGCUCUGGCCGCGCGACGGCUCGNNNUUCAGGUGUGCGCAUCUUUUGCUUCAGGCCCCAGACAGAACGAUGGGACAUUCUAUGAAUUUCGUACUUACUACCUUAAACCCUCAAAGAUGAAUGAGUUCCUGGAAAAUGCUAAGAAAAACAUUUCUCUUCGGACAGCUCACUCUGAACUGAUUGGAUACUGGAGUGUAGAAUUUGGAGGCACAGUGAAUAAAGUGUUUCAUAUUUGGAAGUAUGAUAAUUUUGCUCAUCGAACUGAAGUUCGGAAAGCCUUGGCCAAAAAUAAGGAAUGGCAAGAACAAGUCCUCCUUCCAAAUUUGCUUCUUAUGGACAAACAAGAGUGUGAGAUUGCUUACCUGGUGCCAUGGUGCAAAAUGGAAAAGCCCCCCAAAGAGGGAGUCUAUGAACUGGUUACUUUUCAGAUGAAACCUGGUGGACCAGCUCUGUGGGGUGAUGCGUUUCAAAGGGCAGUUAACUCCCAUGUCAGACUAAACUACAACAAACUAGUUGGAGUUUUCCACACGGAAUAUGGAGUACUCAACAGAGUUCAUGCUCUUUGGUGGAAUGAGAGUGCGGACAGUCGUGCAGCUGGGAGACACGAGUCUCACGAGGACCCCAGAGUUGUGGCAGCUGUGCGGGAAAGUGCCAACUACCUAGUAUCUCAGCAGAAUAUGCUUCUGAUUCCGGCAUCUUUUUCACCAUUAAAAUAG